AGGCCAUAAUCCGUUCGUAUCAAAUGCGUGGUCAUCUUGCUGCGCAUCUAGAUCCUUUAGGUAUUACGUCUCCAGAACCCGGCAUAGCCAGACACAUUGUUUAUCAAAGGUACCUAGGUGAUAAAAGUAAGUCUGUUAGAUAUGUUAGGUCAGCGUUGUUCAGUCUUAGCUUGUAAAUUUGUUUAAAGUUGUUUUGUGUCCGUAUGAUCUCUUAUUAAUGAAAACGAUAAUAUUGCAUACGGUUCGACUGUUUACAAUUAUCAUACAUGUUGUUUUAAAUAUCGCCGGAUAUUAUAAAAAGCAUGCUUUUUCUUUACAGUAAAGAUGCAGCAUCCUGAUAAAUGCUAAGCAAAGACUGUAAUUUUAGGUAUUUCAACUGCCUAAUUUCAGCUAUUUAAAUAAGCAUCCCGAAUUUGUUUGUAUGAAAGCUUAUUAUUACUGUUCACACAUACCAAAACUUUGGAAUCUAGGUUUGUGUUUCGGGUUGGGUUUUGUAGGUCGUCUCCAUUGGAUCUAAUUCUGUUGUUUUUUUUACGAUAAAUAGUCUAAUUUGACUUUAAAAAUGCACUUCAUGAGUUCAGAAGAGAAGACUAGUAUUUAAAAUCGUCAGGUUGUUGUACUUUUGUCUAGAUGUUGUAAUAUCGGUGCAUGCUGUGAAUGGAAGUUUAUUUUGUUUGUUUUCUUAUGGGUAAUUGUGUUUAACGAUUAUUAUUCGUAAUUGUCACCAAUUUUAAUCAGUCUUUUGUUGUUUACAGGCGAGCCCGACCUGGAUAAGACGUUUAGGCUUCCACCUACCACACAUAUCGGAGGUGAUAAGCAGGAACUUACUCUACGAGAAAUCAUUAGGCGUUUAGAGAAUGUUUACUGCAAACAUAUUGGUAUUGAGUAUAUGUUUAUUAAUAGUUUAAAUAAAUGUGAUUGGAUAAGACGUAAAUUUGAAACACCUGGUUCAAUGGAUUUAUCAAUUGAAGAGAAACGUUUAAUAUUAGCUCGUCUUGUUCGUUCAACGCGUUUCGAAUCAUUUUUAGCAAAGAAAUGGAGUUCAGAAAAACGUUUUGGACUUGAGGGAUGUGAAGUUUUAAUACCAGCAAUGAAAGCUGUCAUUGACUCUUCGUCUGCUCUUGGUGUUGAAAGUUUUGUAAUUGGAAUACCACAUCGUGGAAGGUUAAACGUUCUAGCCAACGUUUGUCGUAAACCUUUAGAUGAUAUAUUUUGUCAGUUCGACUCUAAAUUGGAAGCUUGUGACGAAGGUAGUGGUGAUGUGAAAUAUCAUUUAGGCAUGAGUCAUCAACGAUUAAAUCAUAUGACAGGCAAGAUGAUUAAUCUUGCAGUAUGUGCUAAUCCAAGUCACUUAGAAGCUGUUUGUCCGGUCGCUCAAGGUAAAACCAAGGCUGAACAAUUUUAUCGGGGUGAUAGUGAUGGAAAGAAAGUUAUGUCGAUUUUAAUUCAUGGAGAUGCAGCAUUCAGUGGUCAGGGUGUUGUUUAUGAAACUUUCCAUCUUAGUGAUCUACCUUCUUAUACAACUAAAGGUACCAUUCAUAUUGUCGUUAAUAAUCAGAUUGGUUUUACCACUGACCCUCGUAUGGCUCGUUCAUCACCAUACUGUACUGAUGUUGCUAGGGUAACGAAUUCACUUAUUCUUCAUGCAAAUGCUGAUGAUCCUGAAUCAGUCAUGCAUGUUGCAAAAGUUGCUGCUGAAUGGCGAUCUGAAUUCGGAAAAGAUGUUGUAAUUGACCUUGUCUGUUAUCGUCGUUCAGGUCAUAAUGAAAUGGAUGAGCCAAUGUUUACUCAACCACUUAUGUAUAAACGUAUUCGUGAACAACCAACUGUAUUAGAACAAUAUAGUAAGAAGUUAAUUGAUAGUGGAAUUGUCACUGAACAGGAAUUUAAGGACGAAGUGGCUAAAUAUGAUCAGAUAUGCGAAGAUGCUUAUGAAUUAGCUAAAAAACGGACAGUUACACAUAAUCGUGCCUGGAUUGAUUCUCCAUGGCAAAAUUUCUUCGAAAAUAAAAAUCCGAUGUAUUUACCUAAUACGGGAGUCGAAAACAAUGUCUUAGAACAUAUUGGUCAUGCAAUUAGUGAACCUCCUGAAGGUAUGAUUAUUCAUCCAGGUUUGAAACGUGCACUCAAGGAGCGCAAAGAUUUAUUAGAACAGAAAACAGCUAAUUGGGCUCUUGGUGAAUUGUUCGCUUAUGGAUCAUUGCUAAGAGAGGGUGUUCACGUUAGACUAUCAGGUCAAGAUGUGGAACGUGGAACGUUUUCACAUCGACAUUGUGUUUUACACGAUCAGGAAGUCGAUAAGAAAACAUAUGUUCCGCUUAACCAUCUCUAUCCUACACAAGCACCAUUUACUGUAUGCAACUCGAGUUUAUCUGAAUACGCAGUAAUGGGCUUUGAGUUGGGUUACUCAUUGACAAACCCUGAAGCUCUCGUUAUAUGGGAAGCUCAGUUUGGUGAUUUUAACAACACUGCUCAAUGUAUAAUUGAUCAGUUUAUUUCUUCUGGUCAACAAAAAUGGGUACGUCAAUCAGGAAUAGUCCUUUUGCUUCCACAUGGUUAUGAAGGUAUGGGUCCAGAACAUUCUAGUGCACGUAUCGAACGAUUCUUGCAGAUGAGUAAUGAUGAGGAAAAUCAUGUCCCUGUUUAUAGUGAUAAUUUUGUCAUGCAACAGUUACAUGAUACAAAUUGGAUUAUUGCAAACUGUACUACACCAGCGAAUUUCUUCCAUAUUUUACGACGACAAAUUCUGCUACCGUUCCGUAAACCACUGAUUGUCUUCACUCCCAAGUCAUUAUUACGCCAUCCGGAUGCAAGAUCUCCGUUCUGUGAUAUGCUUCCAGGCUCAGAGUUCCAACGCUAUAUUCCUGACAGUGGUCCAGCUUCACAGAAACCUGAAAAUGUGAAAAAAUUAAUUAUCUGCAGCGGCAAAAUUUAUUAUGAAUUAGAUAAAGAACGCAGAUCGAUUAAUCGAGAGGCAGAUAUAGCUAUUAGCCGAGUAGAACAAUUGACUCCUUUUCCAUAUGAUUUGAUUCAACAAGAUUUAGAACGUUAUCCAAAUGCUGUUAUUCAGUGGGUACAAGAGGAGCAUAAAAAUAUGGGACCAUGGAGUUAUGUACAACCAAGAGUUAAUCAUUUAAUAUUUAGAACAAUGUCUAAUCGUCUUCACAAUAAAAUUUUAUAUGCCGGUCGACAACCUAGUGCUGCUACAGCUGCUGGGAAUAAAGCAAUGCACUUGAUGGAGAUCUCUCAUUAUUUGAAAAAUGCCCUGUCAUUAUCUUAGUUUUGACAGUUCCGUAAAGAUUUAUUUCGCUCUUAUAUGAAGUUUAUUAAUUAACUGAUUCUCUGAGAGACUUCUUUUAAUUGUCUUUUAGUUUACCCUAUUUGUCAUUUUGUCUCACUUUCCUCAUUAUUUAUCUUAACACUUAGAACUACUUUGUUUUGUUGUACGUGUAGUUGAUUAGAAUUUAUCACACUGAAUUGAAUGAAGAUAUUUCAACUAUAUGUAGUAUUGAAUUUCUCUGCUGUUAAUUAGUUGCUUUAUGUAGUUGAUUCCUUUCAUAAGUCGUUAACGCACCAUUCAUUUUCCUAAAUUUAAUAAUGUCCUCCAAGUUCAUUAACAAAUUAAAAAGUAUCGACGUCCUGGUUUUCUAUUGUUUGUCAAAUUUAUCAUCGGAAAUGAGCCUGUUCUAUUAAUUGUGUAAAGCAAUAAAUAGCAGUUUCAAAUAG